GGGCGGGGCUGGGCGCGGCCGGGCGCGCUGCCCCGCGGCACUCAGGGCUGCCCGCCCGCCUCCUUCUCCCCGGCAUGGGGCUCGGGAUCCGGCCGGGACUCCGCCGGCGACGCUGACCUGAGCGGCGCCCGCCGCUGCCGGCCCUCCCCGCCCCGCGGCCCCACAGCCCCGCAGGGAGGAGGCCGGGCGGCGGCGGCGGCCGGCGCCCGCGGGCGGUCGGGCGGCGCGGGGCUCGGGACCCGGAAGCAGAAGCGGGGCCGGGAGGCGGCUGGAUGGGAAGGAUCGGCGGCGGGCGGCAAUGGGGGAGCAGCAGAGCUCGCUGAGCGCCCCGCGGGCGGCCGCCGCCGCGCCGCCGCCGAGCCCGGCCGGGGGCCCGCGGGCGCCCAGCCCGGAGGAGCCGCCUCCGCCGCGAGAGCCGGCCCCGGGCGGCGGGGCGGACGGGCCGGGGCGAAGCGGGGAGACGUCGCCGCCCGCCGCCGGCCCCGAGCGGCGAGGGGCCGAAGAGGAGGAGGAGGCGGAGGCGGCGGCCGGGCCGGAGCAGCCGGCGGCGGCCCUGGCGGAGGAGGGGCCGGAGCCGGAGGGGGUUAACGGCCGCCGCCGCCCCCCGCGGCGGCACGUGUACUGCACCGUCUACUGCGUGGAGAACGACCGGCCGGCGGCGGCCCCCGCCCCCCCGCACGGCGGACCUAGCCCCGGCGUGGGGCAGCCCCCGGCGCGGCGCGGGGUGGCGGCGGGUGGCGACCCUCUGUCAGCGGGCGGCAGCAUCGAGGUGGUGGACUUGUACCUGCUGCCGGAGCCCUUCUCCGGGCUGAUCGCGGGGGAGUUCGGGCCGCUGCUGGUGCUGAGCUGCCGGGUGUGCCUGGAGGAGAAGCCCAUCAAGCCCCUUUCCUGCUGCAAGAAGGCGGUGUGCGAGGAGUGCCUCAAGCGGUACCUCAGCUCCCAGGUGCAGCUGGGACAAGCGGAUAUAAAAUGCCCGAUCACAGAGUGCAGCGAACACCUGGAUGAAACAACUGUCCUCUAUAACCUGCCCCACGACGACAUCAUCAAGUAUAAGUAUUUCCUGGAACUCAGCCGCAUUGACUCCAGCACCAAGCCAUGCCCUCAGUGCAAGCACUUUACAACCUUCCGGAGGAGAGGCCACAUUCCCACCCCUGCCAAAUUGGAGAACAAAUACAAAAUCCAGUGUCCCUCUUGCCAAUUUGUCUGGUGUUUCAAGUGCCACUCUCCCUGGCAUGAAGGCGUUAACUGCAAAGAAUACAAGAAGGGAGACAAGCUGUUGCGUCACUGGGCCAACGAAAUCGAACACGGGCAGAGGAAUGCCCAGAAGUGUCCAAAAUGCAAGAUCCACAUCCAGAGAACAGAAGGGUGUGACCACAUGACCUGUUCACAGUGUAACACUAAUUUCUGUUACCGUUGUGGGGAGAGAUACCGCCAGCUCCGGUUCUUUGGAGAUCACACCUCAAACCUCAGUAUCUUUGGAUGCAAAUACCGCUACCUCCCCGAGAGACCACAUCUAAGACGAUUAGUGCGAGGCUCUGUCUGUGCUGGAAAACUACUCAUUACACCCCUAAUACUGGUUCUGGGACUGGCACUGGGAGCCAUAGCUGUUGUAAUAGGUUUAUUUGUGUUUCCUAUCUAUUGCCUUUGUAAAAAGCAGAGGAAAAGGUCACGGACAGGUAUGCCCUGGUAAGGAUGGACCUUACUCACCUGAACUGAGCUGGUCCUGCAAGGGCUAUAUGCGCUUUGUGCAACAGAGCAAUACAGUGCUGGUAACAGCAUCAAAGCCAAUGCCCUGGAAGAGGAAUGGGGGAUCUCCUGCCAUCUUCCCUCAACCGAAAACACUACUGCAGACCAGAAAGCCUCUUUGCUCUGAUGCACUCUGAACAAGAUGGGUCCCCUGACUGCUGCUUUUUAAAUGUUAUGGGGUUUGUUUUUCUUCUAAUUAUUACCUUGGAGGGGGUUUUUUGAGUCUGAGUUUCUGAACUAGACAAUCAAAGUCUGUAUUGUAGCCACAACUCUACUACCGAUUUGGCCUGUGAAGAAAGCAUUUAACUGUUAACAUGUGCUCCGUUUAACUUCAGUGUCAGCCUUUAAGGGGGAAAUGCUUAGAAGUGUUUGGACUCUUACUGUAUACUGAGCAUACUACUUUUGGUAUUAAAAAUUACUUCUGUAAAUAACUUCCAUCACACAGCAUUCUGUUCAGCAUACCAAAACCCCGUCACAUGCCAGAGCACGACAGCUGGUUAUCUUCUGAGUCGUCCUGCUAGUGAGCAAGAGUGUAGAUUGCCACCACCAAACUGCAGUGCCUCAGAGGGAAAUAUCCUUAGUAUUGAAGCUCCGUGAUACUUACAGAUAUACUGAUUGGUUUCACUUUAGUAUUUAAUUUCUGACAAUCUAUUAAUAUUGAUUGGGGGGGUGAUAGAUUUGUUAGAAGGGGCAACAUUUUGAAACUUUCCCAGUACAGAAAAAUUUCAAAGGGUUUAGACAGCAAGAAUCACCAGUAGCCUGUUCUGUCCCAAGAUAUCCCUGAAGUGUGUGAUGCAGAAGGUACAAGAAACUGUGUUUGCAGGGAAGCUGGACAUGCGCUCUUCUGUUCUGACGUGGCAUUAUAAUACAUGCGCUACACACAAGUUGUGUGAAUAUUGAGUUGCUGAAAUUUUAUAACUGAAGUAGCACGGGUUUUUUGUUCGUUUGUUUUAAGUAGGCUACGUAAGUCUUAGAGCAUCCACUGAUGUGUCAUGAGGAGAACGUGUGAUUUUUAGGUAAGGGGAGGAGUCAUGAAUUGUUAGGAGACCAUUUCAUUCUUAUUCUCUGCUUCCAGUGUUUCUCUUCCUGGCACAUUACAGAUCUGAAGAGAUUAGCUAUCCUUGCUCUUUUUUCCUAACUUCAGAGUACUGCUGUUUGCUACCAGACCUCUUUCUCAGCGCAUCACCACAAAAGUAACGUAAUUCUGUGUUAGGAAUCAGCUACUGAGAAUUUUUUCACUUUUAGUUACAAUCCAAAUUUAGAAUACAAAUACAACUUAAAAGAAAAAAUAGAAUAAAAUAAAUUUGUAUAAGCAGAACACUGAAUAAGAGAAAUACCGACUUUAUACUUUAAAAAUACAAGCUGAUCAUAAAAGAUUAUUUGAAUUGUACUGUGAAGGUACUUUUUUUUAAUGUGUGUGUUUGAAAAUACAUAAAUAUAUUUAUGCGUGUGUAUAUAUAUGAGGAGAGGGUGAAGCAGAGAGAUGGCCAAUGUCCUAAAGAGUCUACAGACUUCAAAAUUUAGGCCUGCAAAUAGCAUAUCAUUUGAGAGGAUGUACUUUGCACAGAUUGCUUUGAAAAUUGUUAUUAAAUGUGAAUCUAGUUGUAAUUUUUACGUCAAUAGUAUUCUGCCCCACCAACAUAAUACUGUUAUAAGAUAUUCACUUUGACUUCAAAGCCUCGGUGGAAGAGGCUGAAUUUUGUUUACCUGGAAACACAAAUAUCAGCUUACUGUAGUUGUUUAGUAUGCUUGUUUUCUGUCAGCUUCUGGUUUUGUUUUCUUGGGGUUUUUUUCAUGUUGAAACCGUGUGUACAGGCACACCAUAGCAGUCAACAAGUACUUAAUAUUUCUAUUUGAAUUUAAGGGCACAUUGACCCUGUUGGCCCAACAGUGGAAGUAGUACCUUUCUAAGAUUUGCAAACUAAGCAGGGAAGCAGUGACAUUUAGAAAUGAAGUUCAAAGCAUAUUGUCAUUGCAAAUCCACCCAUUAAUUAGAUUUCUCCUUCUGUGACACAUCAGGUUUUUUGUGUUCUGUCUGAGGUUGGAAGCUGCCUUAAAAUCGGUCUUGGUUUUGAGUGUGUUUUCUGAGGCUAUACAUAUCAGUUGUCUUUGGCUUACUCAGGGAUUUUUAUUCCUUUCUUUAAAUGUCAAAUAAUGAAGAUAUUUUUGUAUUAUUUAGAAAAACCUUCAGACCUCAGAGAGUGAGAGAGAGAGAGAGAUAUUUGGGUUUGCAAUGCAGUCUGUAAUAUGGUGUCAAACUAUUCCAUUUGAGAAUAUUUUAGUACUUGAGAUUAUCUGUAAUUAACUAUACAGUGGAUUAAUUUCCUUUCUUCUCCUGGUUCUUUAUAAAUAUGUGAGGUAUUCUUACAGUCUUUCUAGAUGUUUUUACUCUGCUGUGUUUGCCAUUUUAUAGUUUCUGAUGGGAAUUCACUAAGAUCUGAAGUUAAGAUGCUAGAAUAAAGAGCAUAAAAGGGAAGAUAAUAGAUCCGCACUUGUUUAUAUUCAGAAAGCAUGUCAUUGUGGGUGGAGGAAAGGAACACACAUUUCAGCUCCUACAUUAUCAUUUCAUCUAGGCCAUUUUGAUUUUAUUAGAACUGAUUAAAUCAAAGGGAAAUGGUUCUUCAUUUUCUACGUAUAGCAGAAUGAGGCAUCUCUGACCUUGUAAAGAUGAGAGACUAUAAUGUUGCUUCCUCUGUAGGAAAAAAAGGUACGACAAUAUUUGCAUGUGUUUUUCUGUAGAACAUGAAAAAUCUUCAAAAGCCAGGCCGAGGAGGGAUAUGAAAGUCUUUUUCCAUCUAUAUAAAAAUAUUCCCACUCGAAUAGUACAUAAAUACAAAUUUUCAUCAAUGUUAUGUGACAUAACCAACUGAAAUAUGAAAAGUAGAUUAGUACAAAACUUCAUUCAAUCAAAUGUUAACUUUUAAUAAGCUCUUCUCAUAUCAUAGGACAUCUUACAUACAUCAAAGUCAUGUCUUUUUUUACAAACAUUAAUAUAUCAGUUUGAAAGAAAUGGAAUGAACUUUGUAAGGAAAUUCAAGGAUAUUUUUCUUUGAUAUGUAAAUGUGUUUUUUCUCAUAACUGUACUCUAAAGAAACAAUCAGACUGUUCUACUCCAUCUUUAUUAGCAGAAAACUUCAUCAGGCAGAUGAAUAAACAUGCUAAGGCAGAUUUCGUGCUGCUGUAUGGUGGCCAUUGGGGUUGCUUUCAUCACAUUUAAUAUCUAAGAUUAUUUAUUCCUGUGGGAAGUUCUUGCUUACUGAUGUCUAUAUUCAGACUAGGAAAUGCUUAAAUCCAUUCUGCACUAGUCUUCUAUUUCUAGCUUGCCUGGAAAUGAUUUGCCCACGGGCUCAGGCCUCCUUGCGGGCGUGCAGUCGGGCCUGGUGCCCUCCCCAUGGCGCCAUGCUCUGGGUGCGCAGCCCUGCUCCCGCCGGGGAGGGCUGGCUGGACACGCCAGUCAGGAGGCGGCUGCUUUCCCUUUCUCUACUUUCUCCACUGAGAGCAAUUAGUUGUAUUUCACUAAUUGGGUCAAGUUUCAGGGGUGCUCAACCAUGUCAGUGGCAAGGUGAGUCUGGUGAGGCCUCUCAGAGCAUUGUUAGGUAUUUGCAGAGCUUAUCAAGGAGCUUGCGACUGGAAAAUAAUUGUGCUUUUCCUUGUGUCAAGCUAUUAGCCAGUGAGAAGAAGAAACUGAGUAAGAAUACAAGCGAGAGGGAGAAGUGCAAUUCUGAGUAGCCUUGUGGUCUAGUUGACCCAUCAGUUUUAAUUCCAUACAAAAAAGUUGUAGUAUUCAGUUCUCACCCCCUCUAUAAUAAACAGCGCAUUCAUAUCUUUCAAAUGUCAUUAAAAUACAGUGCACUUUGAGUGAUCUGUUACCCUCCUUUGGGGCAGUGCAAAUGUGUAAGGGAGGAUUUUGAUGUUACUAAUGCUGACUUUGUAACUCUUCCUGGUAUGUUAGCAUUGGUUUUCUGGGGUAUUUUUUGUUUUGGUUUUGGGUUUUUUUGGUUGUUUUUUUAAUUUACAUUUAUUGCUUCUGAAAGUUUGAUUGACAUGAAGUUUCACUUUUAUUAAAAAUACUCAUUCACAGGGACUAUUGCCAAUUUGACUAGAAGGUGUUUUGGAUCACCAGCAGAUAUUCCUUUUAGCCAAGGGGCUUUCUGCUCUUCCAAAGACUGCCAUAGUUUGUGUGAUGUUCAGAUGGCAGGGCAGUGAUUCUGUCAGAGGAUACAAAUUCUCCAGUAAUUGAAUGGUUUCCCCUGCUAGUUAAAUCUGAGAAACUGUUUCACGUUCAAUGGCCAAAUAGUUUGCCAUGCAGACUCUUGAGUUUUAAAAUUUAGUUGUGGUGCUUUGUUUCUUGAGCAAAGCUUGCAUCAUUCAUAAUACUUGGUAUCAUGAUUGGUAGCUCCCAGUUGUGGAUAAGAACCAUGGAUUACUGUUACUUUCAUAAUCUGUAUUAGAUCUCUGAUUUUGCUGAUGGAAAGAAUCCUACCUGAGGGAACUGUUUCAGAGAUAACUUCUUAGUUUCUUUUAAUUUUGCAGCCUUACAGUUGCAGUGGGUCAGCUCCUUCCCUGACAUCAGUCAUAGCCCUGUUAAACCAGAGAAGUCAUACCCAUUUUUGUGCUAGCAUGGAAUUUGGCCCCAAAUACUUUGAUAAAAAUAUCUGGAAGCAUGUUCAUAGCCGUUGUGCAGCAACUUGAAAAUCUGGUUCACUUCUGAGGAAGUGCAAACUACUAUGGAACCGUUUCUCUGUUGCAGAGUGAUGCUAGUGCUGUUUAGUAAGUGCAGGAGAGGGCAGGGAGUAGGGAGGAAUUCCCAGAAGACAUUCUUAUUAAAGCAAAAUAUCAGGCAAAGAAAUGCUAGCUUUUAAUAUAACCGAGACCACCUUAAUGCUUUGAGUCACCAAUAAAGUUAGAAACAACAUCCAUAGACAGUGUUAAAUAACAUCUAGAAUUCUGCUUUCUUCAGUGUAACAGCUACUAGCACAGUGUAAGAAUUGGAAUUACAGCUGUUCAGUAUUUUUGGACUUAAUGCAUAAACUUGAAAAAGAGGGCACACAACAUGUAAAAAGUUAUGUUGCUGAUACAUUUGGUGGCUUGUCUUGCUACCGUUAUAUGAAAAACCAGCUGUACCUUCAUUCAACGGGAAGACUAGCAAUGUUUUCACUUAAGUACUGCUCAAGCUGUAACACAACACCCUCAAAAUUUUUCUUGAUAAAACUAAAAAAAUGCAGCUUGUUGCAGUUACACAGGACUGAAGCUUCCUGGCUGAUUCUUCCUUAUCGUUCGUGCAAAAGGGCUCAGGAUCUAUACGUUCUCCCUCCAGUAGGGACUGGAGUGCUUAUAUUAGGCAGUUAGUCACUGAUUCUUCUCUUAGCCUGAUGGUGAGAUACCAUAAAGUAGGGAAAUAAAAACUGAUCUUAGAGUGCAUGCUCUGAUUUCAAAGGUAAAAAUGUAUAAUAAGCUUUAAUUACUUACUCCCUAGUAAACAAUAAAUACAUAAAUUUCUAAGCAUAAUUCCAGCUGUUAAUUUCUAAAUAUAUCUGUUAAAAAUAGUUAUCACAACAAUUAGUUUAUUUUAAAAAAAAUGUUGUGCAAAAGAAAACCUUUUUGGAGCUUAUUUGGCUUAUCAGAACUUGAAAAAUUAAUCUGAAGUGUUUUGGAUGGAUGAUGGUGAGAAAUUUAUAGUGUAAAAAUAUUUUAAAUUUUUAACAAACAGGGAUUUUGCACAUAGCUGCUUAAAUGUAGUUGCAUGCUAAUCCCAUUCAGUGUUUAUCUUGUUGAAAAGUUGUCAGACUGAAAAGAGCAUUGUUGGAACUUUAACCUACCGUCACUGAGCGUGCUGUUACUAAUACAAUGCCACAUUUACCUCCUUUUUAGAAGGAAAACCUACUUACAGAAUCCAAACAAGCUGUUCAGAUAUUUUAAACCUGUCCUGUAAAAGUGCUGACACAGUCAAGAAACGUUUUCAUGUUUUAUGCAAGCUCUGGAUAAGCAGAUGGAUUCACUCUUUAGUCAUGGACCACAUUUUUGCAUUAAAAAAUGUGCUCUUAAGAGUUCUUCAUAUCACUUUACAUUCUGCCGCUUUGUGUCCAGGAAUUGCAAGGACAAGGGUAGAUUUACAUUUCAUUGUGUUUACUAUCUCAUAAUAACACGUUUACCAUGUUUCCAUUUGUUAUACACUCUAUUUCCAAUACUCUUUCUGUUCCGAAUUUCGUAAUUUAAAACGGCGUUGUGAAAAUGGCUGCAGAUGAAGUUGGACCUGGGAAAUGUGAUCUCAUAAGAAGUCGUUUCAGUAAUGCUUUGCUGAACUAUACUAGUGAAAGAUAAUCUGUUGUACUUAAAUUCCUUAGAAGCAAAAUGCUGAAGUCUGUUUCUCUUCAGGGCUUUUCAUUUUGUGUCUUUUAAAAUUUAAACACCACAACCUUCUUUGUUACAUAACUAACCAUCUGAGUCCAAAUAACUCCUUUGACUAUGGUAGGGAUGAGAAUACUAGGUGCUGAGAAAAAGAGACCAUGAUCUCUGUUUUGUAGGAGGUUAUCCAAGCUGAACUUUUUCUUAAUUCAAUGACAAUUCAAUGACAAAUCCUCCCCUGCCCCCAUCUCUCUUCUGUUAGAUAUUUUAAGGUGAAGAAUUUCCUUUAAAAUAGGGUUAAUUUGAAUGGCAGGAGGUGAGGGUAGUGAGAUGAUAGAUCACAUCCUUUUUAGUGUACAGGCUUCUGGCACAACUAGAGUGCUGGCCAUAACACUGCGGAUUCAUUCAGAAAGCUAUUUCUAACUCCACGUUCGGGCUAUGUACAAACUAGAUGCAUCAGUGAUUAGAACUUUCUGUAGUAUAUUUAUUUGAUGGCUAAGAAGUUACAAAAAAACUGGAGGUAGGCAAUACCCAUGUAAUCAAUGCUUCAGUUCCAGUAGUCGGUAUAUUUUGUAUAAUGAGAAAUUUUAAAUGUGUAAGUGCCUUAUUGCUUGAAACAAAUGAAAGGUGUUCCCCUCUGUAGAGCAAUAUGGGAAUUUCUGUUACAUGGACUCUUAUAGGCGUGUUAAGCCAAAGUAACCAAUACUGGUUUGUUCAGAAAGUUGAAAAAUGUUAUGUUAGUGAAGAAGUUAUCUUUUUAUGAUUUAUAAAAGUAAUCUGGCAUGCUUAUUUUAGUUCUGAUGAUCUUGCUCUCAUGUCUGAAGUUUUUUAACUUGCUGUUCAUCCCCCCCUCCCCUCUCCCUUCAGACUUCUGCAGACACGCAUCUUGUAUGUGUUGUCAGAAUGGGUUUGGUCUUCCAGCAUAACCAACCCCUUCAUUCUCUUCUCAAAAAAGCUACAUUUCUUUCAGCUGAAGUUAGGUUAGACCACAGCCUGUGGUAUGUGUACCUUCAAACUCCAUGGCUCAAAAGAUCCCUGUUCGCACUAAUUAAUGAAGAUGGAAGAGCUGAGGAGCGUGGUGCACAGAGGCAGUUGUAACUAGGUCAGGACUCAGAGCAGUUUAACAGUACUUCAGUGGUAUCUAACUUGAAAUAAUAUAUGCUGUUAAUAUAAGUUGGCAGUUCUUCUGGGGUGGGUGUCUUGAUGGACUGGACCAUCAACAAGCUUGGUGGAACAGCUCGGGGAUCUCUGCCCAGCCCUUUAUUGCAUGGUGGGAGGUGUGCUCUGAAAAAGUAGUAUUUGUUUUAGCACCUUCAGAUACCUUCAAAAUGGAUACUGUAGGGUUUAUCUCUUCUGGGGUUUUCUUUCCCAGAAGACAAUGGAAUUUACCUUUUUAUGAUCUAGAUUGCUAAAAACCCUGUUUCUUCUUACUGACAUUGCUCCCACUUUUGUCCAUCAAUUGGAAGUCAGGUGCCAAGAAUAAGCUACUCUUCUAAAAUUAUCUUGCAUUACAUGAACUUCUGGUAGAAAGUACCUUUUUAAAAUAUUAAAGUUAUAAAAAUAUAAUUAUGAGAAGGAAAUGGGCUAAUAAUGGGGGAGGUAAGAAGAAAAAUGCUUAGAAGGUCCAUAUAUUGUAGAUUCAUGAUCUUAAAAUGGUUUUACUAUAUUCAGUUUCCUCCACUAAGAAUUUGUGAAGGAAGGAAGGAAAAGGGGGAGAAACGAAGAUGAGAAGAGUAUCUCUUGGAACCUUUUCUUCUCCUGAAAUUCCUGAGUUCCUCAGAACCGUAGGAGAUGCUUCCCCUCCACCCUGCUGCAGAGUUCUUAAUUGAUAAUACAGCUGUCACUUGCAGUGUUAUUGCUUCAUGAAGCAUCACACCCAAGUGUUUAAUCAGGAUUAAGGUUGCAUAUCUGAAGGUUUUGGUGACAGGGAAUUUGAUUUAGAGCCAUACUGCAAUAAAAUUUUAAGUGAGUUAUCACUUACAGAUGUCAUAACUUCUACUUCAGUAUUAUCUCCAGUUUUUAGGCAUUAACUAAGUAAUUCUAUAACCCAUUGAACAGGAGGCGCCAGUAUCAAAAUACUUCUUCAGUCUUAUGAGUUACUGUUUAUUUUAUAAAAGUCAUUUCCUUAAAUGAAAUUCUUCUGUCUUACCAGCAGGCACACAACCAAAAUGCUGAUAAGGUUUUUCCAUUACCUUUCUCUUGCAUUUAGUUGAUAACUAUUUUUGUUGUUGUUGUUGCAUAGUACUGCAACAAUGGUCUUCAUGCUGUAAUAACUUGAAGAAAAUAUUCAGUAGUCUUGGGCAAUAUUUUACAAACAAUCAGUCUUCAAGUUGGUAUUUGAAAUGUAUACCAAUAAUCACUGAGUGUGCUACCUUUGUGGCUGCUUUAGUUCGUGUCAAUGUUUGUAAGGGUUACUUCUCGCUACCCUCUUCAGAGUGCCUUUUGAUUUAGGAGGUCUAGAGACGGUUCACUGAAGUCUUCUGUUGAAUCUACCUUAGUAAUGUCUGAUUUUUAGACUUGUCCUGAUGAAUGUAUAACUAAAAUCCUGUUCUUUAAAAAGCUAUAGUAGACACAGGUUGUAUAUGCACAUGUACAUGCAUGGAUACAAGGGAAGGUGUUCUGCCAAUGUUUGUCCUGCUGGACAGGACCUUUUGAAAGUGAGUGAAUUUUUUAACAGUUUUAAUUUCAAAAUGUUACCUCACUAGUAUUCAGUAGUAGUUAUGUCUCUGUACUGCUUCACUUUGCUAAUUACAAUCACGAUCGUGGUAGGCAGUUUUAAUUUAAAAGACUCUGAAUCUGGUGUCCAUAUUGAGAGUGGAGUUCGUAAGUGAAAACUUACCGUACUUUGCUUCCUUUAAAGGCAUUCCUUUCACUUACACUGAUAUCCCAAGCCCCUCUUACCAACAAGCUGAAAAAGUGCUUCCCCAUGACGAAAUGGAAGAAUGUAAAGUAGCAUUUGAAUGCACUCCACCUGUCUUAGAAUCAAUAUUCAGAAAUAGGGGGGACUGUGGGUUUAAUGUGUUGUGGGAAGACCUAUAUUGUAGAGUUCGUUCACUUGCACACAAGGGGUUUUACAAUGUCACCUAGUAAUGUCUACCUAAUAAAGUUUUGAAAAAGAAAAAUAACUUG